UGUCAGCGAGUGGGACAAGGGGCGGAUCUUGGGUUACUGCCUACGAGAGCAAACUCUUCAGCGUGUCUGAAAGAAUGAAACAUGGAUGAUGAGGUUGCUCGAAGUUGGGAUGAAGCAGCAGACAGUGGGGAAAUGGAGAGAAGAUUAGAAGAAAAGUUUAGGAUCAGCCAGAAAGAGAAAGUGUCCAGUAAUAACUCUACACGGUCGCCAUUGAAGACGGCCAUUGUGAUCCAGGACGACUCCCCCCACGCAGCGCUCCCGCCCCAGAUCCGCAUUCUGAAGCGGCCCUCCAGUAACGGGUCGUUAGGGUCACCCCAGGGCCAGAACCGUCCCGCGCCACAGGUCAAGUCCCUAGCCCAGCGGGAGGCGGCGUACGCGGAGGCCAGGAAGAGAAUACUAGGCAGCGCCAGCCCUGAAGAGUCGCCUCAGGAAUAGCCGAACACAGACUGACCAGGGCGUACAAAUUCCACCACACCCCCAGAGGACCUAUCAAAAAAUCAUGCUGUUCGCCAACCAGCAGGCCCAGACGGCACACACGGCUUUCGCCAAAACAGAUAAGUGGAUGAGGGGCCAUGCUGACAUGGGGAGGAAGAUGAAAUGGCUGGGCACCCUCAAAGGGGUUAUAGCAGGGUAAAUUUUUUUAUCUAAUUCUAUGGGAUGUGCUGUGAAUCUAAAUGCAUGUGUUCUCCCCUCAUGGCUCCCACUGGUAAUGUGUGGGAAGGCUUAGAGGGCCUUAAGGGGAAACAAGCUUUCUCUCUCUCCACCACAACUGUUUAACACUGUGAUAAGGACAUCUUCCGGAUUCUGCUCACUGUGAUGGUCCCUUUUAAGUACCCCACCCUACACCCAUGUUGCCCAAGGAAUCCUCUCGUCUCUUAUCUGCCCAAAGUGUGACCAGCAACUGGUCUGUCAUGGGAAACCUAUGAGGUUCUGCUUUAUACGGCUAAUUUGGACAUCAGCCGUGGACUCUUCCAUUUGGAAAUACUGAGAGCAGAGGAUUCCUGAGAACAAAGGAGAGAAGAGUAGUUACCGAAGCAAAUCAAGGCAAUAGAUGGAUGGUGGUACAUACUACCAGCUUCACCCAGCCAUAAUACUGUUCAAUCCCCCUUCCUCACGUUUUAUUUUGGUUAUGGACGAUGAUCAAAUAAUCUGUCCAUUGCCAUUCGUUUUUAAGAGGGUGAUGUGUGGAAGUUCUGUUUACAGCUGUCUUUUUCUUUUUUUAAAGUGAGCUUUUUUGUAGUCUCCCAGACUGUCCUGAUUUCUAUUUACAAAAUAAAAAAACAGUAAAACAAAACAACAAAUGGAGAUAAGUGGAUAUUGAUAAAUUUUUAAGCAGCUUUUCUGCCUUUAUGAAUGAGGCGGUAGUAAUGUCAGAUCAGUAUUUUAAUCAACAUGAACUUAACCCCAUUUUAAAUAAUCCUGUAAAUAUUGGUUAAUUCCAACAACUGUAUAAGUGGUUCUGGCAGGAAUUAGAGAGGGGGAGGGGGGGGGGGUCACA